AUACUAAUCUAUGCCUUCGUUAGUAACUCUGCUUUCGUUUUCGGUAAGUUUUCGUGCUGUUGUGUUCUGUAACUGAACAAGAAAGUACCGCGUGCCGUCGCUCGCCGGGAGCAACUGGUUGCCGGCUGUUCUGUGCGACUCCAAGUACAAACAUUUUAAAUGUCGCCGGAGGUCGAGGAACAUGCUGAAUCUUCGGUGCUGCCAAAGGGGUUUUCCGGAGGACCUCAUGGUUUGGGUGACCCAAAUGACAGACGGCUGAGGAAAGUUGAGGUUGAAGUCCUCAUCCCUCAGAAGAUGAGAGACAAGGCACGCGAGGAAAAGUGCGCGGACCUCGUUUCAAAGUUUGGCGAAUGCAGCAAAAGAGAAGGUUUGAUGUUACCGUUCAUGUGCCGGAAGGAAAACGAUGCCCUCAAGGCGUGCUUGAAGAAGUGGUAUGAGGAUCCCGAUUUUCAACACAUCUGCAGAGAAGAGUACCUGAAUGAAAGGAAGAGGUUUCGGGAGACUGGCGUGUGGCGAAAGAAGGAUAAGCGUGCUGAAAUUAGGAGUAAGGCCGAAGGAUCCAGUGAUGCAUGAGUGAGAUGCAGUACAAGUAGUGUUUAUUCUUCGUUUCUCCUGAAGCCUAAAGAAGGUGCUUUUUUUAGGUGUGGCCCAGGAGUAAAUGCAUGUUGUUCCCACAGGUAAAGUGUUUAACCACUGGUAAAUAAAACUUUUUACGACUCUGU